AUGGUAAAACUUGUUUUUUCAUACCUGACGAGAGUUCGAAUUCUCACCAACUAUAGGCUAUCCGGCAAGUGGCUUCGGGAAAUAGAGGCAGUACAUGCCAAGUACGGCGACUUUGUACGCAUUGGCCCAAAUGAGCUGUCCUGUGCUCAUCCACAAUCGAUAAAGGACAUUUAUGGACAGACAAACAUUAACCACCCCCGGUUUUUUCGAAAAUCUGCUACCUUCUACAAACAAACAGAUCGGGGAGGUGGAGCGCUUGGUACAGAGGUCGAUCCUCAUGUCCAUCAAAGUAUCAGAAAGCUGCUAUUGCCAGGAUUUAGCGCUUCUGCUCUUCGUGAACAGGGCGAUACUGUUAUCCGACACAUAAACUCCCUUAUAGGCCAGAUGUCAAAGCGUGGAAACACCCCACAGGGCAUGGACAUAAGCCAAUGGUACAUGUGGCUAGCUUUUGAUGUGAUUGCAGAUCUCUCAUUUGGCGAGGAGACUGGUACACUCGAAAUGGGUCAAGCUAAUGAAUGGGUGCAUAUGCUUGCCAAUAGUGGGUUUCAGGUUGCCCUAAACUAUGUGGUACGUCGUCGAUGGACAGGCUUUCAGAAGCUUGUGAGGUACUUCUUUGUGAACAAGAAGAGCACAAUAAUGCGCAAGAAGUACCUAGCUAUGGCUCGUCAGGCAGCAUCCCAGCGAAUUCAACGGGAUACUAAGCGUACCGACUUCUUCAGCCAUCUUUUACGCGAGAAAGCCCCUGAAGCCAACAUCGAUUUCUUCACCUCGCAAAGCAGUAACCUAAUUGCUGGGGGGACUGAGACUACCUCUGCCCUAUUGUCUGCAAUUACUUAUUUUCUUCUAAAGCACCCUCAAUGCCUAAGACAACUUCAAGAGGAGCUACGCUAUAAAUUCCGGCACCAUAGCGAGAUUGAUAGCGAAUCGACGAAGCCGCUGAAGUAUCUUAAUGCUGUAAUAGAAGAGGGACUGCGAAUCUUUGGUACUGCAGUCUUUGGCUUACCUAGAGUAAGCCCUGGAGAUACAGUUGCUGGGAAAUGGAUCCCACCGGGUACUGUUAUUGCUACAGCAACAAACGUCAUCUCUGGGGACGAGAGGUGGUUCUGCAAGGCAAAAGAGUUUCAUCCCGAGAGAUGGCUUCCUGCAGAUCACCCUUAUCAUAACGCAAUAUUCGACCACGACCAUAGGGAGUUUUCAAAGCCAUUUUCUAUUGGUACUAGGUCCUGUAUUGCUGUUCAUUUAGCCUAUAUGGAGGUGAGAAUCUGCAUCGCUAAGGUAGCCUGGAGCUUUGAUUGGGAGCAAGCAAACAGUGAGGAAGAUUUCAUUAGAGAUGCGCGGCUGUUGCCUCUUGUCAAAGCGUCUCCAUUUCACGUUCGCUUCCGUCCAUCUCAAGAACUCCAGAUUCAGUACUCUAAGGAGCCUUGA